AUGCGUAUGUUCGUGACAUUGUUUGUGAGUGAUGAGAUUGUUUCUGUUGACGAUCGGUGGUUGCAGCAGCUUUCUCUUCAUUCUUCGGUUCACGAGGAGUGUUUAGUGGAGCUGUUUUCUGGUGCUCCGUGUGAUGAUGAUAUUUUUUUUGCCGCGGCCUCAUCUUCUUGCUCCUUUUCUCGCCCUAUUUGUAACUCUGAUACCCAUGUUGUCACCUCCUAUUCCUCUGUUUUCGAGCGGGGGAUUGGGUCCAGCUCUGACUCGAAACAAGAAGAUUCUGAUCGAGCCCGCAGACUGGAAAGGAGCAGAGAAGCCGCAUCUCAAGCACGAGCUCGGAAGAAAUCUUCCAUCAAGAGUCUAGAAGUGAAGUACCGAAUGUUGGAGGCGCAUAUCGCUCAACUUCAACAGCUCAUGACCUUGACUUCAGUAGAGAAUGCGGCGCUCAAGAAUGAGCUUGCUCGUGUGAAGGAACCAAAGGGCGGUGUCGAGAAUGGUGUCGUAGAGCCUGCAGAGCUCAAAGCAGAAAGUAUUGUCUCCAUGUCCACCUCUAUUUGUUCUCCACCUGCGCUCUCGCCAUCUGUUCACGUAGAAUUUCCACCCACAUCAGUGCUAGAUCUUCUCCCACAUUUACUCACAUCCCAUCGGUGUUCUGUUCCAGACUCCCUGCAGUCGGAGUUCCUGCGCCACCAUUCUUGCCACAGCUCUUUGGCCCAGCAGGCCCUUCCUCAUAAUACUAGCCACUUCCGAGACUUCCUCCUCACUCUGCUGCGACUGCUAACGCUUGGAACAGUAAUCAAUUCAAGCAGACCUCAAACAAGUCCACUCCAGCCUCCUUAUGAGACAAUCUUUUCCACUUUUUAGAACAACAGAGUUUCCUCACGCGCUUGAAGAUGGAAUGGCAAGAGGGAGAAACUGAAGGAGGAAGAAGGAACUUCAAUUCCAGAUGGCGUGCUUUGCUCUUUGCAACGGCUGCCAUUAAGGAAGAAGAAAGCACCGAAGGAUCAAGCGCCUCUUCACCUCCAGGAACAUUUAGCAACCUUCCAUGUUUUCGCCUGUGAUUGUGUUUUGUUUGUGCCGACUCCACCACGAUGCAUCAAGCCAUACAUAAUAGCGCACAGUUCUACUGUUUGGAAUUGUUGUCAACACUUGAAUUUCAUCUCGGUUGUGGGAUUACAACUUCUUCCUACAAGUGCUGGAAGCCUUUUUGUGUCUUUUUAUCUGAAAUUAUGAACAGAAAGGGAGUGUUUUUUGCUUUUUUUGAUGUAAGUGUUGGCUAGCAAUUGGGUAUGUUGACAUUUUUGUACAUGUUUUUUUAGGAAUGUAUUGGUGUGACUAUUGACAUUUGAGUUUAUGAAAAAGUGGUUUUUUAUUUAAA